UAUACAAUCCCGACAGCUGUUUUCCUUGCAAGAUCAACUUAAACAACCGCGUAUGUGUCGGCUGCCUUAUGAAAGGACGAGCGGAAAUCGAAGAUCGCGUCUACGCGUUGUACUCGGAGGCAGUAUGCGGAAACUCAGAGGCUUUACUCGGCUUGAAGCAUAUGGGUCUGUGGAAUUAUGCGAUGAAUAACCAGCAAUACCACCGCGGGAUCGCUCAGGCUAUUCAGCAUUUCAAGGCGAAAAACGAACCCGGCUGGCAAAUGGUUGAAGCGAUCGCGAUUCCGUCUAUCCAGUCAACUCCAUCUACCGCGAAUAAAGCGCUUCUUCCUCAUCCGCCUAAUGAAUUACGCCGCGCACAGUUGAAGUACGCUGACGAAACCGAAGAGAACAUCAGCGACUGGAAAUCUGUCCCGCUUAAGCCGUCGUUCCAGAAAGCUUCUUCUGACGACUGGACGCGAAAUGCAGAUCGCCCAUUGGGAACAAACACGGCUAACCACAGUCAAAGCGAUGACCAGCGUCAGCGAGGCGAUCAGCGUCAGUUCACCGAAUAUCGCCAGCCUACAGAUCAGCGUGCAGAUCGGCGUUCAGAACAGCGAACUACUCAGCAGAAUACGCGCACUGGACAGUCUUCCGCUACCAGAUGGGAGCCAUUCCUCAGCGUAUGA